UCGGAUGAACGUCAACACCUAUCCUGCAACCGGUCCACCUCCUCGACGAACCCAGCAACGGGGAAGCCAUCAACGCCAACAACAACACUCUGCUCAACCAUCGCCUGCGGCUGCAUUCUCAGCCACACCUUCAUCUCCUAGCCCAUCAACUCUCUAUGAUCCUUGGGUCAUAGACUCGGGUGCCACACAUCAUGUCACUGGUGACAUUAGCAAGCUCUCUUUAUCACAUCCUUAUAACGAAUUUGCAGGGGCAGACGUUGCUAAGAGGGACGCUUGAAAAUGGUCUGUACCGGUUACCAUCAUCAUGUCAACCCUCCCCUCUUCGUGCCUUCUUUGGUGAACGUACUUCUUUAGAGUGCUGGCAUCGCAGAUUGGCACAUCCCACUGAGCCUAUUUUACGUCGUCUAGUGUCUACUUUUUCAUUACCUAUUACUAGUUCCUCCCUACCUAAUAUUUGUGAUUCUUGUCAGUUAGGGAAAAGUCAUCGUCUUCACUUACCUAAGCGGUUGGAAUCAUCCAAAACCCC